CCAUGUCUUUGCUAACGUAAAUAAUGGCAGGGCUUAGCUUAAUCUUGUUCCUUUCUUUCUCUGCAUUUUGCUUUUUCUGUUUAGGCGCAAUGGUGUUCAAGUUGUCAAACAUUUUUAUGUAAAAGGGACCGUAUACUGACCUUUCCCCCAUAAACAGCUGUCAAGCGAAACAGGAUAUCCCUCGUAUCUCCUCUCAGAGUUCUGUAAACUCAAAGUCCAGGUCUCAAGCGGCCAGAAUGGAUAGCCGGACAUCAGAACAAUCCGUGGAUCAACCCAGCCAGGGAUCCUUUUUCCAGGGGUGCCAUUCAUGGGAGCAAAGGCCGUUCCAGUUUGGAUCCGUUUCUGCCGGAGAGAACUUUGACAUGACCCUGGAUCUUCGGCCCGUUGCCAGACAGAGCGCAGAGUUAUCCUACCCAAGUCAAACAAGGAUGGAUUCGGCCGUUCCUUCAAAUGAGAACCUUUGGAACCCUUUGUCUACCGGAAGUUCAGGCCGUGGUGGAACCAUUUCUACUUCCCGUUUGAACGGACAUUUCUUUCCCACUCAGGAUUCCAGCCGGAUACAGACAUUUUUCAAUGAGGCUUCUCAGGGUUUUAAUGCGCGAGAAGAUGACUUUGCUGUCCCAGAGAACACGGAUUGCUCAUAUGCACAGGUACGAGCGGAUGCUAGCGAGAAUGGGGAUUUCCCUAUGUUCGAGACUCCCUCUCAAGUCGGCCAAGACCCGCUGCGCCCUCUGUACAAUGUCAAUACCAUGUGGCCAUCCGCAUCUCUCUCCACUGCUUCAGAGACCGAGACUAUCUGUUCGCCGGUAUAUAACUACGAAGCUCCACUGUCAAAUUCGUACAGCGAGCUGCCAGGGCCGCUGAGCUUUUGGUCUCCUGGAGCACCGCAGUCGAUUGACACUCUCAGCAGUAUUAGCGAGGCUCCCUCAAUGAGCUCCCUGCAGCCAAGUGUUUCAAAUAUUGAUUCAGAGAAGCUGGCGUCACCAUUCUCGCCGCCUCAGGCUGACUUUGUCACCCCUGCCUUUGGCCAAGCGGCAGAUUUCUUAGCAAUACAGCCUAGUUCAAGGAGGUCGUCAUUCACACAUACCGGCGACGUUUCAAUCGAAGGAAGCGCGUUUGGCUCCCCUGGCCAGCCGUUGUUUGAAGACUUGAGUGAUCCUAAGCCCAUGCUCUCUCCCCGAGGAGUUCUUCAGCGCCAGCAAGCUGCUAGGCAGGUUAUCCAGUUUCCUCCAGUGGAGCACUGUUCUAACAUGUAUCCCACCAUCAGAAUCUCAAAAUCAGUGACCGGGAAGCCUCGGCCGGUCGUUUCGGCUGCACGGCACGUUGCUCGCUCCGUCCAGGAUAAUGUUUCGCGUCACGAGAGACAGGAGGAUAGCGAGAACGGUCCAGCUCGAGACAAUCCGCUAUAUCAAGCCGCGCCGCAGGCAGAUGGUCUUUAUCAUUGCCCUUUUGAGGGUCAAGAGGGAUGCGCUCACAAGCCUGCUAAAUUAAAGUGCAAUUAUGAGUAAUAAAUAUGUCGACUCCCACCUUCGGCCGUAUCGAUGCAAGGUUGUCGCUUGUUUGGAAUCUAGAUUUUCAUCGACUGCAUGUCUUUUGCGACAUGAAAGAGAAGCCCAUGGGAUGCACGGCCAUGGUGAAAAGCCUCACCUAUGCUCGUAUGAAGGAUGUGACCGCUCAGUUCCCGGAAACGGAUUUCCUCGUCGAUGGAAUUUGUAUGACCACAUGAAACGAGUGCACGAUUACAAAGGCCCUUCUUCAACCGGGAGCACCUCCCCUGCAGCGUCGCCAGUCAGCGGCCACGCAAGCAAUGUUCAACUUCAGGCCUCUCGCAAGCGGAAGGGCGCAUC